UGUUUGGCGGCCAUUUCUCUUGACGCUCAAGGGUUCGGUCCUACGGGGGCUGCUGUGGACACGCGGGAUCUGCGGCAGCUGGGUUGGCGGCGGGUAGAGUGCAGCUUUCGCCUGUAUUCGCGAUGAGUUUACCUCUCAAUCCCAAACCUUUCCUCAAUGGAUUAACAGGAAAGCCAGUGAUGGUGAAACUGAAGUGGGGAAUGGAGUACAAGGGCUACCUGGUCUCUGUAGAUGGCUAUAUGAACAUGCAGCUUGCAAAUACAGAAGAAUACAUAGACGGGGCCUUGUCUGGACAUCUGGGUGAAGUUUUAAUAAGGUGUAAUAAUGUCCUUUAUAUCAGAGGUGUUGAAGAGGAAGAAGAAGAUGGGGAAAUGAGAGAGUAGCGUCUUUGUGUGUUUUUAUAUAUAUAUUUCUAGACAAUAAAGAUGUGUUGUUUUUCAGUUUGACUUGUGAACUAUCGUACAUAGAUAUUUACAUGCAAAGCUCAACUGUUGAAACAAUUGAAAGGUAAUUCACGGAACUAAUCCUUUAAAAACUCCCAGUUUCAUUUAAGUUGGUUUUCUUUUGUAAGCACAGUACUCUUUGUUUUCUAUGACAAAUAAUUAUAUACUUUAGAAAUUUUUAUGAAGGUAAAUUUCAGCCAUUUUCAUAUCAUUGUAGAAACUGAGACAUUUGAAAACCUUUUUGAACCACUUUUAACAUUUUCUUAGUGCUUCGUUUAGCAGCCUACAUAUUCUGCAUCAGUAUAAACUAAAUUAUAUGCAUACUGUAGCUAAAAUUACAUCUGAAAAUUAAAAUGAUUGCGGAGAUAGGGCAUAACAAAUCUUGAAAUGAUGUUUAGGCUGAAUAUGUAAGGUUUGUUCAUAUUAGAGAAUAAAGUUUUCUGAGUAGAACUUAAUGUGAAAUAAAAAUCAGUCUCAUGGUUAUGUUCUGAGACCGUAAUGUACUAUUCACUUAGGUUUAAAUCCCCGAAAUCCCUUCAGAUUUUAGAGUUGUACACUGUUAAAAGACACAUCCCACAGCGAUAACGGCGUGCUGUGAACUUCCUUACAGAGAAGUAAUCUAUCAUUUAAAUGUUCAUGUUGUCAGAGAAUAACCGUCAUUGCACUUCUGUGGUCAUUCCCCAUGUAGUUAGUGAAGUAAUCGUGGAUUUGUACCCCAACUGAGAACACAAAUAUGACAUGUUUAGCGGUGUGGAAUAAUAAUUAUGAAAAACGAAGCUUCAACGAAAGAAACUCAUUCCCAAGCCCAUGUAUGGCCUUUUCAGUAGAGACAGUCUUCAGUGGUGUAGGAUCACAUAUGGGCUGGGUAUGGCUCCUAAGGAGAGAAUCUGUGAAACAUUCUGGUAGUAAAACGUCUUUCAGCUCCUAUUCAACUGAAAAAAAAAUCUUCCUCCUGUGAUUUUGUUCUCGAAUCACUGACCAGAAGCGUUUUGUGUUUGUUACCAGAUGGAGGUUUCGAACGGUAGAUAAGUCGUCUUCCCACCUGAAACAAAAGAAAA